UCUUCAUAUUUGACGGCCCAGAAAAGCUCUGCCACCUUUCAACAGGAAAAGCACCUUCGCCAUUUGCAACUUCCCUUCCUAGUUCCUCCCUCCUUCCUUCCUUCCUUCCUUCGUCGGGGGAAAAAAAAAAGAGAAGAAGAGCUCCCUUAAACCUCAAAAAGCAGGACUUUGUGUCUCUGCUACUCAUACAACUCUCUCUCUCUCUCUCUCUCUCUCUCUCUAUCUGGGUGCUGAAAAGCCCUUCUGAGGAAAUCCCUUUGCAGUCGCUCUCGAUCUUCCUUCCUUACGUGUUUCUCACAAAUCCCAGUUGGGUUCAUUUCGUUUCAAAGCGGGAGGCUGGUGAAAAAGGGCCAGGCGAAGAGGAAAGAUCCGAUCUUUUAUUUUCUUUUUCGUUUUUGUUUGGGAACGAGCUUUCUGUGGGGAUUCGAGAGAGAUGGUGCACCACCAGAGGUUCCAUCAGUGGAGGAAAGGCGAAGCCCAUAUAUUCGACGACGAAGAGCAUGGCUUCGUCGUGCUUGACUGUGCAAGCUCUGGCUACAAGAGGAAGAAGCCCAAGCUCUUCUACCUCCUCCUCAUCUCUCUUCUGUCUUGUAGCUUUGUGUUGGUCCCUGAGCUGUUCGGUUCCGGUAGACUCUCUCUCUUGUAUUCUUUCGGCAUGGACAGCGAAGGCGCUCUUGAGAACUACGAUGCAAACGCUCCUCCUUGUUCUUCAAUGUCUAAUGGAACCAUAUGCUGUGACAGGAGCGGCUUUCGCACUGAUGUGUGCAUCAUGAAAGGGGAUGUGAGGACACACUCUCCCUCUUCUUCAGUCUUCCUUUAUAGUUCCAAACAGACGAGCAGGUUUAUUGACUUGUUCUCGAGCUUUCUCGGAGUAGCCGAAGACCUCGAUGAUGAGGAACUCCAGCAUGAAAAGAUAAGGCCAUACACGCGAAAAUGGGAGAGCACUACCAUGGGAACUAUCGAUGAGCUAGACCUUGUUGUGAAGAAAGACAUUGUGGGCGCUCGCCAUCAGUGCGAUGUCUGGCACAAUGUACCCGCGGUGUUCUUCUCGACCGGAGGCUACACGGGUAACAUCUACCAUGAAUUUAAUGAUGGGAUUCUACCGCUGUACAUUACUUCACAACAUUUCAAGAAGGAGGUGGUGUUUGUCAUCCUUGAAUAUCACAGUUGGUGGAUUACAAAGUACGGGGACAUCCUUUCUCACCUCACGAAUCAUCCGCCGAUCGACUUUAGUGGAGAUAAAAGAAGCCAUUGCUUUCCUGAAGCCAUUGUCGGUCUGAAAAUCCACAAUGAGCUCACGGUGGAUCCGUUGCUGAUGAAGGGGAAAAAGAGCAUCCUCGACUUCAGACAUUUACUUGACCGCGCUUACUGGCCGCGGAUUAACGGCUUGAUACAAGAUGAGGAGCGAGAGAUGCAGCUGAAACUGAACCACCCGCCUUCAUCAGGGCCAGUGCGGGAGCAAUCGAUGAAAACCACUAAACAGGAUCAGAAACCCCGACUGAAGAAACCGAAGCUAGUAAUAUUAUCCCGCAGUGGGUCAAGGGCAUUACUGAACGAGGAUCGCUUGAUAAAAAUGGCAGAGGAUGUAGGGUUCAAAGUCGAAGUAUUGAGGCCUGAUAGAACGACUGAAUUGGCGAGAAUUUAUCGCAUGCUUAAUUCGAGUGAAGUUAUGAUUGGCGUACAUGGGGCUGCUAUGACCCAUUUUCUCUUCCUGAAGCCCGGUUCUGUUUUCAUCCAAGUUGUUCCUUUAGGGACAGAUUGGGCGGCCGAGACAUACUACGGUGAGCCUGCAAGAAAGCUUGGUUUGAAGUACACCGGGUAUGAGAUUUUGCCUAGAGAGAGCUCAUUGUAUUCUGAGUAUGAUAAAGCCGACCCAGUCCUUACGGAUCCAAAGAGCGUGACAGACAAGGGAUGGGAAUACACGAAGAAGAUCUAUCUUGAUAGCCAGAAUGUGAGCUUGGACAUGAGGAGAUUCGGCAAGCGGCUGCUUGAAGCUUACGACUAUUCCUUCACGAAAAUAAACUGGCAUGCCAAUCUUCCGCUGAAGUUUCAUUCAGCGGUUUCGCUUGAUUAGCUUCGUUGUUCAUACAUUGUUCGCCAUUUUUUGUCCAUACAUUACAUUGCUGUACAUUGCAACCAGGACAGUCGUUUUGUAGAGGUUAGAGAUUUUAUUCAGAGUUUUUUUAUCAUGUACAGGGCAUGCACCAAAAUAAGUUCUUUUUUCUUAGUCUCUGCGCAAUCGCGAUGUAGUACGUAGACAUGGUAAGCGAGGUUUCGACAA